AUGUCCCGCAAUACGCCCGUGCUGGGAACAGCUGCACUGCAGAAUCCAGCAACUCAGCGUCUAAAUAUCACAAAGUCGACAUGCACCGACUUUUCCGUGUUCAAAGAUGUAAUGCGAGAAUACCGCAGGCUAGACGAUACAAUAACUAUGAGAAUGAAUCGAAACGGGGCUCUCUUUAGAGAUUCAGCGCGUACCUCCGGAUCGAGAACGAGCGCAUCUUCAUCUUAUGCAACGAGCAACGACGACUCGGAAGCAUGUCUAUACUUUUGGAAGCAACUUGUUGGUGUGUUACUGCUCUCGUCUGGCGUAACUAGCACUAAUCACCUUGCCGGUCGGCCAGCUAAUUGGAAGGCGCGGUCGGAAAUCAUCGACUACUGUGUAGAAGUACUAGACACACGGUUGGAAGAGAAAGAACGCUCCCUCAAUUCUCUAGUCGAUCAAGCUCGAGCACGAGGUGCUGGUCCCAACUUGUUCGAGCCAAAGAUGCCAGACGAGGAUAGAUGGAGAGGACCAACAAACGAGUUUUACCGAGCAAACUCGUCUUCGUCUCCACUACCUUCAGUCCCAGCAACUCAGAAUGAUCAAUCAUCGCUUUCCACGCGGGAACUUCAGGACAUUGAAAGAAGAAGACGUGAAAAGGAGACGGACGUUAGGGCAUCACUGUAUGAAGAGAGGGUCAAAAAGGAUUUGAUGAACAAUGAGAAAACUGUUGAAGCGAUUGUACGAAGGCGGUCAUAUGAGGCCUUUCGGAGUCGCUGCAAGUUUUUCGAACCGCCGACGCCAGACCCAUGGUGGGACCGAGUGACAAGUGAUCGACAAUCUCGGACAUAG